AUGGCCGAAUAUCGUGUUGGAAUAUCGGUGAACCGCGAUUCAUCGCUGGUAUAUUCUGCUCAUCGGCACUACUCGACCUUUGAGAAUAGCCAUACGGAAAUUCUAUCAAAACUAUUUCCACAAACCUCAAUAGAUCUUAAUGAUGAAGAAAGUCGGAAGAGACAAAAGCGCGAAGAGGAGGAGGAAAAGGCAGAGUUUGAGCGAUCCUGGAGACGAACAAAACUCGGAUUAAUUGCCUUUGGUAUGGGCGGUUUGCUGUUAUCAUUUUGGGCCAAAUAUUUUUUUGGACAGCCAACACUGGACGAGCAGGGAAUUGAGGCUGAUGAUGAGUUUAGCGAAUUGCCGCCAUUACAACAAAAUAUCGGACAAAAAUGGAGGCAGGUGAACAAGUUUACGAAGUUUAUUCGAGAGCCUUCGAGUCAGAAAUGACUUCCAGACGAAUUGCAUGCACCCUAUGUGCAGCCGCCAUAUAGUACCUUGGUACUCGUAGUUAAGGACGUCCUAAUACAUCCUGAAUGGACAUAUAAAACAGGCUGGCGCUUCAAGAAGCGUCCUGGCGUUGACUUGUUUUUGAGGGAAUGUGCCAAACACUUUGAGAUCGUGGUCUACACGACGGAACAAGGAGUGACUGUAUUUCCUCUCCUCGACGCCCUCGAUCCAAACGGUUACAUAAUGUAUCGUUUAGUUCGCGACUCGACCCACUUUGUUGAUGGCCACCACAUUAAGAAUCUGGACAAUCUGAACCGCGAUCUGAAGCAUGUGGUAGUCGUCGACUGGGACAAGAACUCAAAGAAGAUGCAUCCGAGAAACACAUUUUCGAUACCCCGAUGGUUGAGAAAGGAUGAUGACACGACGCUGUUUGGUCUAGUGUCGUUUCUGAGUGUUCUCGGCAUCAGGGAAACCGAGGAUGUUCGUGAGCCGCUGCAUUACUAUAGCCAGUUUGAAGACCCCGUUGCCAAGUUCCGUGAAAACCAGCAAAGACUCAUUGACGAAAUGUUCGCUGAAGAGUUGGAAAAGUCAAACAAACCACAGCCGCUGGUCAAAAAUUGGACUCGCCGGUUUCCCAAUAAUUAA